UAAAUACUAGGUGGCCAAACAUUGUCAGCGAGGGAGGCCAAAGUGCACCUACCAUAGCAGAAGCAGCUCUCCUCGGUUCAUCAUGGCAGAGAGACGCAUUCCUUUCACUCUAGUCCGCAGCCCAAGCUGGGACCCCUUCCGCGACUGGCACAGCCGCAUCUUCGACCAGACCUUCGGCAUGCCCACCCCGAUGGAAGACUUGGCUUCCUACCCCUGCACCCACUGGCCGGGCUACAUGCGGCCCGCUUCCGUGAUGACCCCCGAGAUGAUGUACCCCGGCGCCGUGAUGGCCCAGCAGGCCCGUGCCCUGUCCCGCCAGAUAAGCACGGGCAUGUCGGAGAUCAAGCAGACCCAAGACAACUGGAAAGUCUCUCUGGAUGUCAACCACUUCUCACCUGAAGAGCUGGUGAUCAAGACCAAGGAUGGAGUGGUGGAGAUUACUGGCAAACAUGAGGAGCGAAAAGAUGAACAUGGUUUUGUAUCCAGAUGUUUCACCAGGAAAUAUACCCUCCCUUCCAGCGCCAACGUAGAAAAGGUCACCUCCUCGCUGUCUCCCGAUGGCGUGUUGACCGUAGAGGCCCCACUGGCCAAGCUAGCCAUCGGUGCCGCAGAGACCACAAUACCCGUCACCGUGGACACCAAAAGUGGCGUGGUGAAGAAAUGAGACUCGCUCGCUUGUGUUGUGUCCAAACAAAAUAAUUUCAACGGCAACAUCUGGACUCACUGAGCUAAGCCACGGCGAGAGCACCUUUACUGCAUGUGUGUGUUUUCUGCUGUACUUGUUCUCCUGUAUCUCACAUAUCUUGUUCUCCUUUCCUCAUUUCUGCUGAGCACCUCUCCUCUCCUCUCACGUAAUCAUAUCAAGUCUCUAGAGAGCAUGCACUUCAAAAACACCCAAAAGCAGAACAAUGCAAGUCUGCAAAUAGGCUGCUUUCAUCCUCAGUUGAUUUAAAAAUGUCAACAGAGAAUAAAGACAAAAUUGUAUCAUC